GCGGAAGUGAUAUUACUGCUGCUGACCUUCACGCGGGUCAUGUUAUAAGUACCUAGCUAGCUAUCAAGCUAACUGAAUGAAGGAGACUCAUCUCAAAAUUAAGUCACAAGGAGGAGCUACAGCAUGCAGGGAUUGUUGAUACAGGCACUGGCCCUGAGACAGUUGGGAAGGCUGAGUACCCGAAAGCUGCUGAACCCUGGACUGGGACCUUACUGGACAGAAUGGUGCCCAAGGACACUACACACCUGCCAGCUGUGUGGUUCCCCCUCUUUCCUGACCCUUGGGACACACAAGCUUCCUAAACGCUGGAAUUCAGCUAGGAGCAGGUUGGUUCUUCAUCACGUGAGGUUCAAAAGCAGCAAGAAGAAAGGAGGCGCAAAGGUCGUACAGGAAGAGGAAGAAGAUGAUGAAAAGGACCUGGAGGACAGUGACUAUGAAGAUGAACCUGAGGAUGACCCCAGUGUGCCAAAAGACUACAAAGACAUAGAGAAAUAUGUGCAGUCCUUUCGAUAUGAUGUUAUCAUGAAAGCUGGCCUUGACAUAGCACGCAACAAAGUGGAGGAUGCAUUCUAUGGCAACAAGCUUUGGCUAAAUGGACAGAAACUUGUCAAGAAAAGUAAAUUGGUUAAAGUUGGGGACACCUUGGACCUGGUAUUGUCAGAGAACAAAGAAACAGACACUGUCAUGCUUUUGAGAGUCAUCAUUAAGAAGGAAUUGGGUGAAUCCAAGGAUGGAGACCGGUACAAAGUUGUUCUGAGGCGCUGGAAAAACAUAGAACUUCCCAAGCAGAAUGCCUUUAAACAAUGAGUUUGUGUACAAUACUGAAUAUACCACUCCUCAUUGACAAGGGAUUUGGAAUAUCUAUGUCUAUGCAUGAUGUUACAUCAAAGUAAUGGUGCAUUUUUUUUAACAUAGUCUUCUUGGUAUGUGUCAUCAUUGGCUUAUCUGGUUUCAAAUGGCCUUGGGCCUUGACACAAUUUUCUAUUAACAAAUAUUAGUAAGACUCAUUCUCAAUAUUACUAUGUAAUUAUGAAAUGGAUGGUCAUGGUUUGAAUCCGAUGCAAGGGGAUAAGUUAUGGAGUGCUAAAUGCUAAUAAAGUGAAAUGCUGAAAAUCGA